AUGCAGAGAUUUGUGUGUUUUCAGCAAGGAUAUCGAUUAGUGAAGUGGUACACUUUGCCAAACAGAAAAAAGGAACCAAAGAUUGAGACAAGAACUGGGCGCGAAGCACAAUUCCAAGUCAAGUUUGUAAAGGUAACCGGAAGAUGGCAUAUGACUCGAUUUUCAAAUGUUCAUAAUCACAAACUAUUGGAAGGAUGGCUGAGCAGGUUAUUGCCAGGUCAUCGGAGUAUGUCCAAAGCCGAAAUUGCACUCAUGAACAACAUGUGUAAGUCGGGAAUUAGCACAUCCCAGGUUUAUGCUUUGCUAGAAAGUCAAAGUGGUGGUUUUGACAAGUUGAACUAUGGUCCUAGAGACAUGUACAAUCAAAUAGCUAAGGUGAGACGUGAGAUUCCAGAGGAUGUGGGUAGAGCAUUAAAUUUUUUGGAGGAGAAGGCUGCAAAGGAUAAAUCUUUAUACUACCAAGAGCUUCGGGCGACGGAUGGAAGGUUACUAAAUCUCUUUUGGUGUGAUGGUUUAUGUAGAGAGGACUAUGAAUUGUUUGAAGAUGUUGCGUUUGAUGCUACAUAUAACAAGAAUAAAUAUAAGUGUCCUUUUGUUGUGUUCACAUGUGUUAACCAUCACAACCAAACUGUUGUCUUUGCUGCAUGCAUUGUAACAGAUGAGACGAAUGAGAGUUAUAUAUGGGUGUUGCAACAGUUUUUGGAGGCAAUGAAUGGUAGAACCCCAUCCUCUAUGAUAACUGAUGGGGAAAGGGCAAUGAAGAAUUUGUGUGGAGAUUACCAGAUUCCAGUGUUCCGUAGCAACCGGCAAACAUUGGUAGAGGAAUUUGGGAUUGAGGAAAAGGAAUGGCUAGAUGAAAUUUAUGAGAAACGUCGAUCAUGGGCAACAUGUUACAUCUGA